AUGCAAGGCGCUGCCGCGGCCGCCGAGAGGAGGAGCAGGGCUUCGCCUGACAAGGCCGACGAGAGCUCCAAGAAGGCCCGGCUGGAUCUGCCCGACGGCCACAUGAAGCAAGAGGCGGCCGGUGGAGGAGAUGGAGGCUCCAUCAUUGGGGCGGCGUACAUCCAGCGAGUGGAACUCGCCGUGAGGAUCGACAAGCAAGUGCUCCACUGCCCCCUCUGCACCCUCCCCUUCAAGCCCCCGGUCUUCCAGUGCAAAGCGGGGCACCCGGCCUGCAGCGGCUGUGUGGCCCUGCUGCCCUUCAGGCAGUGCAAGGCAUGUGUGGACGGCGGUGGCUUCUUCGACCCCUGCCCUACACUAGACGCCUUGGUGUCCUCCACCAGGAUCGGGUGCCCCAACGUCGGCUGCCAGUGGUACGUGACCUACCACGAGGUCACCGAGCACCAGAAAGUAUGCCCGUACGCGCCUUGCCGGUGCACUUAG